GCGCCGCGCAGCCCGCACGCGAUAUGCGCGCCCUCUAGCGUAUUAUGUUCCUCCCCGAACUCCCGCGAGCCUGCAUGGUGGACGACGUAGCGACGUACCUGCAAGCGCCCUCCUCGGGACAGGACGAGUUCCAUCCGUUCAUAGAGGCACUAAUGCCUUUUGUAAAGUCCUUUUCGUACACGUGGUUCAAUUUACAAGCGGCAAAAAGGAAAUAUUACAAGAAACACGAGAAGCGGAUGAGUCUCGAGGAGGAGCGGCAUACUAAAUAUGAAUUACAGAACGAGAAAGCAGAAGUGAAACAAAAAUGGGCGUCACGUCUAUUAGGCAAGUUAAGGAAAGACAUAACACAAGACUGCCGGGAGGACUUCGUGCUCAGUAUAACGGGGAAGAGACCGGCAGUCUGCGUGUUAUCAAACCCGGACCAGAAAGGAAAGAUGAGAAGGAUAGAUUGUUUAAGACAAGCGGAUAAGGUGUGGAGAUUAGACCUUGUUAUGGUGAUAUUAUUCAAAGCGAUACCAUUGGAGAGUACAGACGGCGAGCGGUUGGAAAAACACCCCGAGUGUACGCAGCCCGGCCUCUGCGUCAAUCCAUACCACAUCAAUGUUUCCGUGCGCGAACUGGACCUCUACCUCGCUAACUUCAUCAAUAGCUAUGGUAAUGGGACCGACGGUUUGCCAGAUAUCCUAAGCGGUUCUCUGUCGCCCCAUCCUCCUAGGGACAAAGAGAACGAACACGACGCUAAAAGUAAAGGCUAUACUCACAAUCCCUACAACGGUGUUAUUUGCAACGAUAUUAUUCUAGCAACCGGUGUCUUCUCAUCGAAGGAACUAUGGAAGUUGAGUAAAGCGUCGAUCCUACAAGAGACGGGUUCGGAGUCGCCCGGCGGGUCGGGCAUCAAGUUGGAGUCUGGCUACUACUGCGGGUACGGCAGCCCCGCACCGCCCGCCUUCGAGCCCCCGGCGGAGCGCGCAACCCCAUCCACUAUGCUGGUCGGCCAAUGCUUCAGCAUCCCGCACAGUUCUGCGGCGCUGAGCACGCAGUCUCCGCUGGUGCCCUCCAACGCAAUCUUCUACCAGCACGCCCCGCCGCCCACAGACACGCAUCCCACUGCAUCAGAGCUGUCAAGUCAGCAUUCAAGUGGCAAGUACGAGAGUGCGCAGCAGGACUCCCUGGGCGACUUCGUGACCUUCGUGUGUCAGGAGCCGCCCACUGAUGUGCAGCAGAUACAGGUGCACGGUCUGUCGCGGAGUCCAAAGCCUGCGUAUUUCACCAACUCAAUGCUGCCCCCGCCUCCUCUGCCGCCGAUGGCCAGGCCUGUCGCUAUCAUCAGAUCAACAGCGAGUGAGUCUGGUGGUGUGGGCGUGGGCGGAGUGGGCGGCGUGGGCGUGGGCGGCGGCGGCAGCUCGCCCGCGUCCCCCGAGGGCAGCCACAACAGGUAA